AUGCAGCUGAACAAUAUCUUUGCCAUCUAUGUGGCUGUCUUUGCUAGUACUGCAGCUGCUGUACCACACGCUGCUGGACCAUACCAUGGCGCUCGAAUCGCCAUCACAAUUCCUCCGGGAAACUCUACUGGCCCUUAUAACGCAACGACUACUGGCAUCAUCCGACCUUUGACAAGCGGUCUUUCCAAGCCAAAAUAUGAUACUCUGGGUUAA